CGCCCCAGAGGCGAUCGUCGGGGUUCGGCGGGAGCAUCCUAGCCGGGGAGCCCUUCGCCGCUGGCCGGGGAGUCCCAGGAGCCCCGUGCACCCCGAGCUGCGCGCUUUCCCGGGAGUAGAUCUCUGGAGCCAUGGCCGGACUCCGCGUCCUGCUGUGCCUCGGGGCGCUGCUGGCCCGCCAGGGCUCCGCAGGACUCCGGCUUCUUCUGAACCCAUCCCGUGCCAACUUGUCUGUCGGGCCCAACUCUGAGGUCUUGCCUGGCAUACAUCCAGACUUAGAGGCUGUGGCUAUCGGCGAAGUCCACGACAACGUUACUCUACACUGUGGCAGCGUGUCGGGAUCCAGGGGCCUGGUGACCUGGUACAGGAAUGACUCUGAGCCCGCCUUCCUGGUCUCCUCCAAUUCCAGCCUCCCUCCAGCUGCGCCCCGUUUCUCUCUAGAGGAUGCAGGUGCUCUGCGCAUUGAAGCACUGAGACUGGAGGAUGACGGCAACUACACCUGCCAGGAGGUUCUGAACGAGACCCACUGGUUCCCUGUGCAGCUUCGGGUGGCCAGUGGCCCUGCCUACGUGGAAGUUAACAUCUCAGCCACUGGCACCCUCCCCAACGGCACACUAUACGCAGCCAGGGGCUCCCAGGUGGACUUCAAUUGCUGCAGCGCCGCGCAGCCUCCGCCCGAGGUGGAGUGGUGGAUCCAGACCCAGGGCAUCCCGGAGUUCCUUGGAAAGAACCUGUCGGCCAACAGCUUCACGCUGAUGCUCAUGUCCCAAAACCUCCAAGGCAACUACACCUGCUCAGCCACCAACGUGCUCAGCGGGAGACAGCGAAAGGUGACCACCGAGCUCCUGGUCUACUGGCCCCCUCCAUCAGCUCCUCAGUGCUCAGUGGAGGUGUCUUCAGAAUCGACUACCCUGGAACUCGCCUGUAACUGGGACGGGGGCUACCCUGACCCGACCUUCUUGUGGACCGAGGAACCUGGAGGAACGAUCAUGGGGAACUCAAAGCUGCAAACACUGAGCCCGGCGCAGCUGUCGGAGGGCAAGAAGUUCAAAUGCGUUGGAAACCACAUACUGGGACCUGAGUCUGGAGCCAGCUGUGUGGUACAGAUCUCGAGCCCCUUACUGCCGUCUCAGCCCAUGAGAACUUGCUUCAUGGGGGGCAACGUGACGCUCACCUGCGAAGUGUCAGGAGCCAACCCACCUGCAAGGAUCCAGUGGCUGAGGAACCUCACGCAGCCCGCCAUCCAGCCCAGCAGCCACUACAUCAUCACCCAGCAGGGCCAAAGCUCCUCUCUCACCAUCCACAACUGCUCACAGGACCUGGAUGAAGGCUUUUAUUAUUGCCGGGCCGAGAACCUCGUGGGGGUGAGGGCAGCAAACAUCUGGUUGAGUGUGAAAGAACCGCUGAACAUUGGGGGCAUCGUGGGCACUGUGGUGAGCCUCCUCCUGCUGGGACUGGCUGUUGUUUCAGGCCUCAUGCUGUAUUACAGCCCUGCUUUCUGGUGGAAGGGAGGGAGCACAUUCAGGGGACAGGACAUGGGUGAUGUCAUGGUUUUGGUGGAUUCGGAGGAGGAGGAGGAAGAAGAAGAGGAGAAGGAGGAGGAGAAGGAAGAUGUUGCUGAAGAGGUGGAACAGGAGACAAAUGAGACAGAAGAGUUGCCGAAAGGGAUAAGCAAGCAUGGACGCAUUCACAGGGUGACUGCUCUGGUCAACGGGAACUUAGACCACAUGGGGAAUGGAUUCCAGGAGUUUCAGGAUGACAGUGAUGGGCAGCAGAGUGGCAUUGUUCAAGAGGAUGACAAGCCAGUUUGAUGAAGAGGACGAUUCACUGUUGGUGCUGUCUUGCCACCGUCUCACCGUGCUGCCCUGGGGAGCUUGUGUCAGGGAUUGCUGGGGUCUCCACAGCACAGACACAGCAUCUCUACUCCGUCUGUCAUCUCCCACUGACUUCAUUUGGUGUGAGUCACCUCAGCAGUGUGAAGUGCACUGAGAAGGAGCAGCCGGUGUGGGGCAAUGCUGCAGUGGCCAUAGUGGUGUCUGAGGGGCCCACUUGGCUGUGAUACCUGGCUCUACCCAGGUGAUGUACUGUGACAGACGCUGAUUGGGGGCUGGGGUGGGGUGGGGCACUUGGUACCUGUGCACUGUGCCAUUAGUCAAGGUUUGUAGACAGCUUACCCAACAUGAAUACGGAUGUGAGGAACCUUCCUGGCAGAGGGGAGGGGUCAGCUACCAGAAGGCAGUUGGAUUUGGGCCUGAGGCUUGAAUUCUUUUAUUGUUUUGCGUCUGUUUUCCUAUCUAGAACACCCCUGAAACAGUACCUACUUUCCAGCCUCCCGAGAGAUGGAGGAGGUAGUUCAGGGUGUAGGAGUGCCUAGGGAGAGGUUCCACAGAGCUACUGCAGGGGCCUUCAUUAUAGACUCUCAGCUCCGCCCACCCCAACUAUGCUUUUUCCCCUAGAGAGGUUUGCACCUCUUCUUUAGGGUGUACAGACAGAGCUGCACAUAGUUAUAAAAGCCUAAGUGAUGAACCUAAGGCUUCUCUUUCCUCAUGUCUCCUGUGCUAACAGAGCAUCACCUGAUAGCGAUCUGGACAGACGGUCCAUCUGGACUUAGUGUCUGUGUUCUAGAAAUGGGAGUAUAUGUUUCCAUCCUACUUACUAGGCCAGUAAGUUUCAAAAGAAAAUAGUGGGUGAUGACUUUAGCUUGGGACAGCUGGGUUCUAGGGAUUUUUAUUUUGUUUUAUUUUUAAAAUUUUCAUCUAAACAUUCUGAAGUCAGGGAUCUUCUAAGGAUGCAGUAGGUCUGUGCUAACCAUGAAAAUCUGACUUGAAAUUUGCACUCUGUACUUGGGUACAUCUCUUGGGCACAUCCUGCUCAAACAGGACAAGAUCUAAGCCUUUAAGGACUUCCUAACACUGGGGCCGGAGGUUCCCUGAGGAGCUGGUUAACAGAAGUACUCCACGAUGUGGGAGAGGCUGUCUGUUCUCUCUGAAUGCAGGGACCAAAGUGAAGAAACCCCUCCCCUUGUGGCCCAUCCUGAGGUCAGGGUGUGGAGGAGUCCACCUGGCUGUGAACUGGGAACCCUUGGGGAUGGCUGUGACCUGUUCUCUUGCUUAGUGGUGCCUCAGGCACUCUGUCAUUUCAUGGUGGGAUACUCAGGUUGCCUUCAGUCCUGCGAGCUGGUCUUUCCUUUGAGGCCUGAUGACAAGAGUUCCUGAGUUUGUCUGCAACUCAGAGGCAACUUUAAAAGAGAAGUUAGAGGGGAAGCGGCUAUCUGGGAACAUGGUGAAUGUUUGGUGAGAUCACUCGGUGCUUCCCAUAGCUUCCUCUUGUGUGUACACCUGGCGGUAGGAAAUACUUGAGGGUUUUUCCACUAGCAAAUGAGAGCUUCGAGGGCUUGGUGCCAAACGCUGUGGUCCUCAAGCCUGACCAGUUAUCACUGUCUAUUUUAUCAGCCUGUGUGCACAUUUAUAAAGUGGCAGUUCAGUUUGGAGCCCAGGCACCAAAGGGCUUUGUGGUAAGGCUUUUGUGAAAAACUGGAGCCCACAUCCCUUCUUUCCCUUGAUGCCAUUCAUACCCAGAUCUCAAGGCGUAUGUGUUAAAUGCCAAAGUACAAUUUGUGCAUUGGUCUUUAAAAAAAUAUUUCUUACCUGCAUGUAUUACUUAACUGAUGAGCUCCACUUGUUAGAACUGGGAAGAAAACCACUUCAUGGUUGGUUGGUUUUUUGUUUUUUGUUUUUUUUUUUUUUUUCGAGACAGGGUUUCUCUGU